CAAGAGAGAACAAUGGAAGAAUUCUUCAACAAGCUCUCUCUUUUUACAUCAACAACAACAACAACACCACAACAACAAAUGGAAUCAUCAUCAUCAUCAUCAGCAUCAUCAACCCAUUCUUCACCCACUACUUGUUGUACCUUCAUCAUUCCUCCCAUCUUACCAUCAUCAUUUUGACCACAUUUCAAGUAGAAUGAUUCGAUUAUUGAUGUGUGGAACAUUAUGGUGGCAACAGUAACAUGUUCGGAGGUCUUACCAAUGCCCAUCCUGAGGAACACCGGUCACAGUAUGACAUGAGUGCAUUGCCUCAGCUUCAGCUAUUUGGAAAAUUUCCAGUUGGGUGUACAAUCGAUAAUAUAAACUUUGUUGGAAACGAGCAUGGCGUGGCUUCAAGUCGCCCUAUCAAGAGGGCACGUGAACCAGGACCCAUGUCUGCACAGCAAAAGCUUCACAUAUCUUUGAACAACAACUUCUGUCAAGAUGACACAGGCCGUACUAGAACCUCUAUGAAUCCGAAUGGUGUAUCAACUGGCUUGAAACUAUCUUAUGAGGAAGAUGAACGUAACUCUUCUGUCACAUCCAUUAGUGAAAACUUGAAAGCUCUUCACCCUGUUACUCACUCACUCACAAAUAGCAUCAGACGUGAAAUGGAUCGUCAUAAAGAACUCCUUGAUCAUUACGUUAAAGUUCAGGAAGAAAAUAUGAUGAAGGGUAUAAGAGAAUUGAAUCAGAAACACACUGCAUCCAUACUAAACACAUUGGAGAAAGAAGUGGGAAAGAAGUGGAGGGAGAAAGAGAUGGAAAUAGAGAACAUGAACCGAAAAAACAUUGAAUUGGGGUUGAAAAUAAAGCAAGUUACAAUGGAAGCUCAAUCGUGGCAUUACAGAGCGAAAUACAAUGAAUCAGUGGUGAAUGCCCUGAAGAACAAUCUGCAACAAGUGAUGGCACAGAAGCCUGUGGAAGGAAAAGAAGGGUACGGGGAUAGUGAGGUGGAUGAUACUGCCUCUUAUACCAACGUAAAUGCCACAAAUCAAACGAAGGCGUUAAACUGCAGAGCGUGCAACGCUAAAGAAGUUUGUGUUUUGUUACUGCCGUGUCGGCAUCUGUGUCUGUGUAAAGACUGUCAAGUGUUCACUGAAAAUUGUCCUGUUUGUCAAGCAACCAGAACUGAAAGCCUACAUGUUUUUAUGUCCUGAAUGAAUUGACUGCUAAAAUGCUGUGUUUUGAGUGAUUUAUGCCUUUGAAAAAUGAAGGAAGCUUUGUUUU